AUGAAGAAACUGAAAUCUUCUUUGAAACUCUCAACUAUAUCCAAGUCCCAUUCAGAUACUUCUAUUCCAAAAAAUGUUAGAUUUGCCCCUCAAUUAACUACAAUUAAACGGUUCGAUUAUAGGGAUGAACCAAUAAUAAUAUCAACUGAAAACUCUCCCUUGGGCUCACCGCGUCUUCACGAUGAUGAUGAUGAUAAUACUCGCAGUGCUGGAAGUCGUCGUCGUGGUAAUGAAUAUAGCUUUGAUUUGGAAAACGAUAUUGAAUUAGAAACUGAAAAAUUCUGGUUUAAUAAUAGAUCUUUGCUACCUGAUCUUUUAAAAAAUGAAAAAAUGUUCAAUUAUUACAAUGAUUUGAACGAUUUCCAUCUAGAUGAUUUUUACAAUUCAGAUAUCGGUACUGACCCAGAUGAUCUGCUUGAUGAUGAUGACGUCUAUGACGAUGACUAUGACGAUGAUGAACUUGACGGACGUAGAAGUUCAGACUAUAAAUUUAUUCGUCCUCAUCAUCGCCGUUCUUUACUUUUAGAUGUUAUGGAAAAUGAUGACGGUCACAAUAUGGUAAAUAAUGCGCAUAAUCAUCAUUCCUUGAUUGAUAACAAUCAUGGGAACCAUUUCACUUAUCAUAGUCCAACUGAUGAUUUAUUACACAGUUCAGGUGCACAUGGAGAAUCACUUUCUCUUUAUGUAAACCCUCGUUCUUUUGAUUCUAUUAAUUGGAAUAUCAAAAGUUCGAAUGUGGUACCGUUCCAGAAUAAUUGUUAUGUUUCUAAGGAAUCAUUAGAAUCAUCUCUUUUCCAGUUCUUACAAGGCCAAAAUAUUAGACUACAUUCCUUAGAUCAGGAUCCAAAGGAUUCUUAUAAAAUUGUUGGUUUAAUAUACGUUAACAAUUUGAAUUUUGAAAAAUUUUCGGAAGUUAAAUUUACUUUCAACCAUUGGAAAGAUAUGCAUUAUGUUAGUGCUGUGUAUAAUAAAUCAAUAACAUCAAACAUUGACGAAUUCAAAUUCAUCAUCGAUUUAAAUUCUUUGAAAUUCUUUUUACAAGUGAAAAAUUUGUUAUCAUCUAAAGUGGAUCAGAAUAAUUUAAGUAUAGAGCUUUGUUGUCGUUACGAUGUUAAUAAUGAAACAUAUUACGAUAAUAAUAAUUACCAAAAUUAUCAUAUAUCUCUAAUUGCUACAUUCCAGAAUGCUUCGAUAGAUCAAACUCCAAAGAUUAGUAAUAAGGAAAAUAUCACUCCAAAUAAAGACUUUUUUUAUUCUUCAUUAUCAGUAGAGCCUAAUCAACCAAGAUCACUCACUAAUUUCAACAAUACAACAUUCAUACCUAACACACCAUCAAUAUCAACAACAUCAUCUCAAAGAACGUUUAGUGAUAACACAGACUAUUAUAAUACUUCUCCAUUAAAACAUUUAUAUCAUAAUGAUACUACACCAUUUGUUAAGAGACCUGCAAGAUCAAAUGAAGUUAUCGAAAAUAUCGACAAUUUAAUAGACAAUAAGAUGAUCACCUAUUAUAACAAGAACUCAGGUUUAAAUACAGGCAUGUCAACUUCAUUCGACAAUCAAGCUGGUUCUUCCUUGCCAGUUUCACAAUCAUCAACUCUUAAUUCAUCCUCUCAUAACAGCAAUGAUACGUUAUUAUCUGAUACUUCUUCAUCGAGUUCUUUCAACUCAUUACAAUACCCCUUAAAGAGCACUUCAACUUCCUACACGAAUACAGAAAGUUUCACCUUGCCAAGUUCUUCAGCUACUUCUACAGUUUCUCCAUCAACAGAUCCACAUAUUACUAAUAAUUUUGAUUAUUCUGAUCUAUAUGAACCAAAUGAUACCUUAUUAACAGAUGCAAAUCUGUAUAAUUAUUCGUUCAAUUCUGUUAACUUGAAAAAUCCAAAUAAUAACCCAUUAAAUGACAAUGAUAAUGAAGAUUCAUGCUUCAAUUAUUCAUCUCCAUUUUUAUCUACAUAUAAUAACAAUGGAAAUACACCUGUAAAUGAUGGUACCAUAAUAGGUGGUAUCAUACCAGAGAAUUACAAUGAUCAAAGCCGAGAUAAUAGCGCUGAUCUUAAUUUCUUUGAUGAUUCCCAAAGUAUUGGCACUAAUACAACCAUUGAUGAUACAAAUAAUAAUAUAUAUUCUCAAACGCUUAAUGAUACGAAUACAUCAAGAAUUUUUAUUCAUGAUAAAAAUAAUAACUCUACAGAUACACUAUUGGGAUUCUCAGUUCCAUUGGAACCACCGAACAUAUCAAAGGAAAGUUCAUUAAACUUAACAAAUUCAAGAGACAAUUUAACUAUAUUCACAGAACCUACUUCAAAUUCAAAUUCAAAUUUAAAUUCAAUUCCAAAUUCAGCAACUAUUUCAAAUACAGCUUCAAUUACGAAAUCUAAAACAAAUUCAAACACCAUUAUACUGAAUUUGGAUCCAGAACACGAACAAAAACAAAAAAUGAAACAAAACCUAAACCUUAAUAUUCCACACAAUGAUACCAAUACCAAUACAAUAACAGAUAAAGCAUUAUCAACAGUUAGCUAUCAUCCAAUACCUGACUUUGAUACUGAACGAAGUAAACUUUCAGUCAAAAAAUCAGGUUUGAAAGAUUUAACAUAUCAAGCUUUUUUAGAAUCCUAUUGCUUUUAUAAUCCCAAGCAAGAACAAUCCACUACUGAAGAGCAAGAACGACAACAAGAAGAAGAGAACGAUUUUGAAGAGCAUAAUAAAAUGCAAAAUGAAUUCAUCAAUACACCUAUUGCUUUAGCUGGUUCUUUAGACAAUAUUAAUAGUGAUCAUAAUAACGAUAAUAAUACUGACACAAACACCAAUAACAGUAACAUCCAAAGUUAUUCUUCAACAGAUACAAGUUUGCAUAGUAAUUCAUUUCUAAGUACAACGCCGCCGAUCUUAUCUCAAGGUCAUGAUCGAUGGCUUUAG